UCUCUUCUUCAUCCUCAUACUGUUCUAUCUUUGUUUCUCGCAUGGAAUCACCAGUAAUGUACACCACCAAAUAGGCUGCAACCCUGCACCGAAUCGAUGGCAUUCCACCAUCUUCUACCUUUCUUCCUUGUCCUCUUGGCCCUCCCACUAGCUUCCAGGGCCACCUUCCCCAACUCUCGUCUGCACAAUGCCUACAUUGCGCUGCAUUCAUGGAAGAAAGUCAUCUUCUCCGACCCGAACAACGUCACCGGAAACUGGGUCGGCCACGACGUUUGCAAAUACACCGGCGUCUUCUGCGCCCCGGCCAUCGAUGACAACUGCACCACGGUGGUGGCCGGCAUUGACCUCAACCACAAGGACAUCGCCGGCGAGUUGCCGGAGUCACUAGGCCGACUUACCGAUCUGGCUCUCUUCCACAUCAACUCCAAUCGGUUCUGCGGCAGGAUCCCCAAGUGCUUCAAGCACCUACACCUCCUAUUCGAGCUCGACCUGAGCAACAACCGGUUCGUCGGAAAGUUCCCAAACGCACUCCUGUCUCUCCACAACCUCAGGUACCUCGACAUCCGGUUCAACGAGUUCGAGGGGCGACUCCCCUCGAAGCUCUUUAACAUGAACUUGGACGCGUUGUUCUUGAACAAUAACAGGUUCUUGACGACGCUGCCGGAAAAUAUAGGGAACCUGUCGGUCUCCGUGGUGGUGCUCGCUAACAAUAACAUAAAGGGUUGCCUGCCAAACUUCUUAGGGAGGCUGAGCUCCACCGUGCAGGAGCUCCUGCUGCUUAAUAACAACCUGAGUUCUUGCAUCCCGGAGGAGAUAGGUCGCCUGAAGAACCUAAGGGUUUUGGAUUUAGGGUCCAAUAAGCUCGUGGGACCUUUACCGGAGAGCAUAGGGUAUUUAACGAACCUGGAGCAGCUGAACGUGGCUCACAACAGGCUCACCGGGGAGAUUCCGGCGAGCAUCUGUGAGCUGCCGAAGCUCAAGAAUUUCACCUACUCUUACAAUUACUUCUGCGAUGAACCCGCCUGCUGCUUGAAACUACCCUGGAGGAACGUCAGAUCCGACGACCGACAGAACUGCAUCCCCUAUCAGUCGGAACAGAGGGCAGUGGCGGAGUGCGAGGCGUUCCUCAGUCACCCAGUUGACUGCCAGUCUGUAAGCUGCCGCCGGAAACCGCCACCUCCACCAUCUUCUCCUCCUCCACCUCCUCCUCCGCCACCACCACCGCCGCCGCUGAUAUGGCCAUCUCCUCCUCCACCAUCCCCACACUAUGAAUUACCAUACCCCUGAUUGCGUGCGAAGCUAGUGCAAUCUACAGCGUCUGUGUUCUUCUUCCGUUGGAUUAACGUUGCCUUUUUCCUUUAUAAUGAGAUGAAGUGAAGGAAAAGAAUGAUGUAUGAGCAAAAAUGGGAGCGCGAUUUAAUC